UUUGAAUUUCCCUUUAAGUUCGCAGGUCCCACGUUGCCAUCUCCUUUCCGCAACACGUGCUCCUAUUCAGCCAUGUCUGUCCGACAAAACUUUCUAUCUUUACGCAUUUUAAAGUCAGGUUCGGACCAUAUAAAAAGCACUAAUCAGGCAUCCAUUUGAGGUCUCGUGGACAGUUUUUGAGAUUUGUCUGUGCACUCCAGAUUCUUCUUCAGCAAAGUGCUCCCAAACCCCAGACACAAAGAUCAGAGGAAAUCCAGACUUUGGCAGUUAGAGAAAUUGAAAUGACUUCUCCAAGUAAACGAAGGGAGAUGGAUGUAAUGAAGUUAUGAUUUAGAUUGAAAUGUGAUGAGCUCUGAAGGUUGAUGGUUUAUAAAUUAUAGUCCUCUGGCUCCGUAGAUGACAAGUCAGUAUGUGGGUAGAUCUGGUAGAUAAAGGAGAAAGCCUAGCGAGGAACAGGAUGAUGAGCGAUUACAGUGUGGAAACCGUAAAUGAUGGGCUCAGUGAAUUCAAUGUGCUAUUUCAUGGUCCAAAAGAAAGCAUAUAUGAAGGUGGGGUGUGGAAAGUCCAUGUUGAGCUUCCUGAUGCUUAUCCAUACAAGUCUCCUUCAAUAGGAUUUGUUAACAAGAUUUUCCACCCAAAUGUUGAUGAAUUGUCCGGUUCUGUCUGCUUAGAUGUUAUUAAUCAAUCAUGGAGCCCUAUGUUUGAUCUUUUAAACAUUUUUGAAGUGUUUCUUCCACAGCUUUUACUUUAUCCUAAUCCUUCUGAUCCAUUAAAUGGUGAUGCUGCAUCAUUAAUGAUGAAGGACAAAACUCAAUAUGAACAGAAAGUUAAAGAGUACUGUGAACGCUAUGCGAAGGCGGAGAACUUUGUGAAGUCCAAAGAGGAUGAAGAGAGUGAAGAAGAGGACAUCAGUGAUGGACACUGCACAUCAUCCGAUGAUGAAAUUCCAGGACUAGAAGACCCUUGAAUGUCCUUGGGAUUUCAAGCCAUUUUAUGCCCAUCAUUCAACCACUUUUUGCGACCGUAUUUGGCAAUCUUUAGGUUACCUUGUAAAUCAUGAAUGAUGUGGCUUUCAACUUCAGAUAUGUUCACAAAAUCUGUAGAAUUUGUUUAUUGCAGAUGCAGCUAGUAGAAAAGUUUUAAUUACUGAAAAAUCAGAGUCUCUCUUUUGUCUUUUUUUUAGUCCUUUUAAUUUGAUGAAUCUGAUGACAAGUUUUAUACUAA